CGCUCCACCUUCCGCUGUAGAAGAUAGCUAGCUAGCAUCAUUCCUGCGUUUAUAUUAGAUACAUUUUAUUUCAGUCAGUGGUUGGUAAACACGAUAGCGUAGAAUUACUCGAAUGGUUUGUAAACAUUUCUCAUAGGUAAUUCGGUCCAGAAAUGGACAGAAUUAGGUAACGGCAACGCGGAACCUUUAUUUGGAUGCCCAUGAAUGAUCAAGACCAUUUGUGGCAUCCCACACCGUAGAUCGUGUAACGUUGACCUACGUGUUUAUCGUGGUAACACGUUUCAUCUGUUGCAGUUUACCUUACUUUGGUAAUAAAAAUGAAGAAUAAACCGGCAACCAAGAUGCGCCAUGUAGUAGCCUGGAUGAACAAAGCGGAGUGGGACCAGGUAUUGGACUACUUGUACUCUAAAGAUGCUGCCUUACAGAAUCAUGCACUUCAGAGAAUAUCUGCAUGGAAAGGAAGGUUUGGACACAAUACGCCUGUUGCAGUGGAGAGCACAGCUGAUCUUGUACGAUGUCAAGUCCUGGAUAAUUCAGGGCAACUAGACUCUGAUGACCUGGUGUUGCUUUAUGGAAUGGCUCUUGUGAGGUUUGUUAACCUUAUUACAGAACGGAAACAGGGACGAGUAGCCAAACCUCUGAGACGUCUGGCGUGUCAUAUGAACAUUCCAGAAUGGAUUGUAAACCUGAGACAUGAUCUCACUCAUCGGCGACUUCCAUCGCUCAAAUGGUGCCGAAAAGGCUGUGCUUUUGUGUUGCAGUGGCUCCAGCAGGAGUACUGGUCCAGACAGCUGGGCAGUCGGCUGGCAGAGGACUGGGACUCGGACUCUGAGCAAGAAGAAGAUGAUGAGUCCUGGGCACGGAGACGAGAGGAAGAGCUCCUCACUCGACAGAAAGAGACCGAGAACCACAAAAAAGCUAGAGAACUGCUUAUUUCUUAUGAAAAGGAACGGUUUCAGAUGUUUGAGGAGUGGCUGAAACACGGGUCACCACAUGGUGGAUGGCUGGAGCCCAGUGCUGACCUCAGCUGGAUCUUGAAGCAAAUUAAGCUUUUUGCAACAGACUCAAGAGAAAUCUUAACUGACACAUUGCUUCAGGAUGGAUUCCUUAUACCUACGCCAGAACAGCUGGAAUCCCUGGAUAUUGAUGUAACAGGAUGUUUUGAUCCACUGAGACCCUGUGUUCCACGUGUGUUCCUACAGUUUUGGCUGCCCCUGCUAAAGGCCUUGAACAAAGUAACCUUCAUCCGCCGUGUACUUGAAAAGCUCUUUGUUGAGCUCUCGGUUGAACCAGACCCCCACAGAAGCUAUUACCUCUCUGCGUGGAUCUCAGAGGUUGUGCUCUGUAACAGCAAGAGCUUAUUUAAAGUGAAGAAGAAAUCACAAAUGAUGGAGCUAUUUGUGAACAGAAUGCAACUCGGGUGGCAGCAACUCUUAACAGCUUGUUUAAAUUCCCCAUGCACUGCAACGCCCUACCUUCUGCAGUUGUUACUAAAAGACAUGGAUGAGCCUCCUCCACCAGACACACAGGAGAAGCUACUCCGCCUGUGCAGCAUCUACACGCAGGGAGAAUUCCAUGACAGCGAAGAUACCCGCGGUCACCACGACCCUUCCAAACCGGUUUACACCUUGCAGAACCUGAAGGAAAAACUUAGGAGAGACGGUAGCUCCACCCAUGGACGGGGAGCAGGACCGUCGUUGUCCAAUCGUGGUGCCUCGUCAGCACAAAGCCUUCCCACUGAGGACCUUCAGGAGAAGCUGAGUGCCAGUGUCCUAGAGGAGAGACAGGCCGCACUGCGUGGAUCGCCAUGGCAAGUGUGCACAGAUAAAGUCCCGUGGAAGUUUUACCCCCUGGGAAAGGUUCCCGGCCAGUCAGAGGACCCUUCAUCUUUGAUGGUGGAGACGUACUCCACCCUCGCAGUCUUUGAUCAACAGGUUGAGCUUGACAAAGCUCCCCAACACCAUAAUAAUCCAAGUAUUCACGGCCAGAACAGAACAGGUUCUGAUGGACAGCUUUGGAGCCUUGCUGAACUGAACAAACUCAAAUCUGGACUGAAGCUCUUUUGACUCCCUUCAUUUUUUUUUAUUUGCUGGUCAUUUCCUAGCCUUCCCACGCUGUACUUGUACAUAUUUUUGGCUGAAAACAGUGGAGUCUUCUGUAAGACCUGAACUCUCGUACAACUUGUAGGCUUCGUUUGUUUCAUAAAAUAAAAUCAUUUUCCAGUU